AUGCUUUAUGCUUACUUCGAGGGGCUUUGCAAGCAGUACCGCGAAACUCUGUCGGGCUUCAAACUCACCAGGCCGUUCUUCAAGCCAUCCCUCGCUGUUCCGAAUGAACAGUCCGUACCACCGAUCCGGGAGAAGUGGUACUAUCCCGCCGACAUCGCCAACGAUCUCAAAGACGUCGACCUUCCACAGCGCAUCAAGGAAGAAGUAUAUGCAUGCGCAUGGGAGUACGCACGUUGCGUGAUUCCUCAAUACACCAAUUGGAAUCGCUAUGUGGCCUUCAUGCGUGUUAUCGUCAUCGGUAUCGUCGCGGAGUGCAAAGGCGAUUUGGUGCAGGUGUCACUUGACGACAAUCUUCUGGGUUACAACCUCACUGCUCUUCUGGACGAGCUCUUUCAGGGCACAACUGAACAGUAA